UCAUAUCUUAGCUACGCAGCCCUUUAUUGUACUCCGGGAUUCUAAAGUUGGCUACGAUUUAAUCUGUACAAAGUACUUCGUCCGUCCCUUAUUACUGUUGCAUCAAAAAAAUAAGCGGAGAAAGUAUAAGACACGACUCGGGAAAUUGACGCCUGAAACUUUGAUUUGGUUUAUUGAAAACUCAGUCACUUUCUUCUCUGCUGCCGCCUUCACCACCGCUUAUCUGGGCUGGAAGCUUCUCUAAGAAGUAGAUUACUCUCAAGAUGUCUGGGAUUUCAGGAUUUGGCGCUCUUGCACCCAAAACAAAGAAUAUAAUUGUUGCUGGGGGGCUGACAUCAUUUGUUUUUGGAGUGUACUUCUACACCAUGCGAGCUGUUGGGGGUACUGAUGAACUUCAGGUAGCCAUCGACAAGUUUGAAGACAAGAAGCACCAAGAUGAGGCCAAAGCAAACUAGGCAUAGAUCUCGAUCAUGCAAAGAAACUUGAGGUGCAUCAAUAAUCUGACUGUUAUGUUCCUCAUCUGUAGCUGAAUCGAUGUUUAGACAUUGUAUAGUUUACAUAUGGUGUGACAUUUGUUGGCCUUGAAAAUUUUAAAUGUGUUUAGCACAAGUUUCAGCUGGAUUUUAAAUAUGAUGUCACACGCACAGCUGAUUGAGCUCUACCAGUAUUUAGGUGAGUCGGAUUGGGUGCAGCUUGAAUGAUGAAAUAUUGAGCUCAUCAGCUCAAAUGAUUAACAAACAGAAUGUUUGAAAAUAAUACACAGUGAGACUAAGCACCAUUAAAUUGUGCUGUUGCUUGUUUCUGUAGUAGAUGUAAGCAUUUUUCUGCUGUCUAAAGUUUUGAGUUGACCUA